UAGGCCGAAAGUGAAUUAGUGAUAGCGUUGUGUCUGCCUAGUUAAACCGUUCUUUGGAUACGUGAUAAAAAAACCCCGCAAAAACGAUGGCAUUUAAGUACGUAAUCCUGGCCGCGCUGGUCGCCUGUGUCAGUGCCGGAGGUCCAGCCGCGUACUCGAUUGCGGCCCCAAGCUUGGGCUAUGGUUCGGUUGGGGCCAGCCACGAGCACACCGUCAAGGGAUUGUACGGCCAGAAUGUCCUCUCGCAGUACUCCAAGGCCGUCGAUUCGGCCCACUCCUCGGUGCGCGUUCACAGCUCGCGACUUAGCAACGACGGAAUCGCCUACGCUCCACAUUAUGCCGCCGCCGCCUACCCGGCCGCUCACUAUGCUGCUCCAGCUGUUCGGUACGCCGCGCCAGCCAUUGCCCCAGCCGUGCACUAUGGUGGGGCCGCCGUGGUGAAGGCUGCCUACCCGGCUUACGGACAUGCAUAUGGCGCUCCCGCAUACGGCCAUGCCUACGGUGCCGCCGCCUAUGGACAUGCUUUCGCCGCCGCUCCCGUGGUUAAGGCUGCUGCCUAUCCUGCUUACGGACAUGGCUACGCCGCUCCUCUCGCUGCUGCCCCACUGGCCCACCCAGGAGCGGUAGUCCAGUUCGCCGGUCUCGGAGCGCACUAUGCCUGGUAAGGCCACCAUCAGUCGGGCACAAUCGGGACAAUCGAUAGCCCACAAUCACCACCAAACCAUCAGGCCUUACCGUACCGGACAAUUCGAUUCUAAUAGUUUGUUGUUGCUCAGAUGGGGUCACAACAGUCAAGGAACCAUAGGCAUAACUUCCUGUACAUAUCUAGCUUUAGUUUAGCUUGGAAUAACUGUAAGAACUGAGAAUUGUUAGUUUAGUGUAUACCGUUUCUAGCACUUCUUCAUCCCGAGUCUCCGUGAAAUGACUUCCGGAGCGCUGUAUAUAUUUAUUCCAUUUUCCUCUGUGUAAAAAAUACUCCAUUCAUCGUCGGGAAACAGAAAGAAUGAGUGCAAUUCUACGUGAAGAGAAAUUCCAAUAAAACACGACAAACGAAAA